GGUCUGUCACAAUGGCUAAGUUUCAAGCUCCAGUAAUCAAUGAUAACCCCUUGGGCUGGGGUCCCUGUGCUGUACCUGAGCAGUUUAAAGACAUGCCUUAUCAGCCCUUCAGCAAAGGAGAUCGACUAGGAAAGGUUGCAGACUGGACAGGAGCCACUUAUCAGGACAAGAGAUACACCAAUAAAUAUUCUUCUCAGUUUGGUGGUGGUAGUCAGUAUGCAUAUUUCCAUGAAGAGGAUGAAACCAGCUUCCAGCUGGUUGACACAACAAAGAUGCAGAAGACUGCAUACCAGAGGAAUAGGCUGCGAUUUGCCCAGAGAAAUUUGCGGCGAGAUAAAGACAGAAGGAAUAUGCUCCAAUUCAACAUGCAGACAUUACCCAAAAGUGCCAAGCAAAAGGAGCGGGAUCGUCUUAGACUGCAGAAAAAAUUCCAGAAACAAUUUGGUGUACGUCAAAAGUGGGACCAAAAAUCUCAGGCACAACUAAAACCAAGAGACUCCUCCGUGGAGGUGCGCAGUGACUGGGAAGUAAAAGAAGAGAUGGAUUUUCCCCGCCUGAUGAAAAUGCGUUAUAUGGAGGUUUCUGAUCCGGCGGACAUAGAGUGCUGUGGUGGCCUGGAAUAUUAUGACAAAGCCUUUGAUCGGAUCACCACAAGGAGUGAAAGACCCUUAAAGAGUAUUAAAAGGAUCUUCCACACUGUAACUACCACAGAUGACCCCAUUAUCCGAAAGCUGGCUAAAACACAAGGAAAUGUCUUUGCAACAGAUGCUAUUCUGGCCACCCUUAUGUGCUGCACUCGAUCUGUCAAUUCUUGGGACAUUGUGGUUCAAAGGGUAGGAUCCAAAAUAUUCUUUGACAAGAGAGACAACUCAGACUUUGAUCUUCUGACAGUCAGUGAAACAGCCAAUGAGCCUCCUCAAGAUGAUGUGAAUUCCCUGAACUCGCCAAGAAAUUUAGCCAUGGAAGCAACAUAUAUCAACCACAACUUCUCCCAGCAGUGUUUGCAGAUGGGCAAGGAAAAGUACAAAUUCCCCAAUCCCAACCCCUUUAUGGAGGAUGAUGCGGAUAAAAAUGAGGUGGCAUCUGUAGCUUACAGGUAUCGACGCUGGAAACUUGGAGAUGAUAUUGACCUAGUGGUGCGCUGUGAACACGAUGGAGUGAUGACCGGUGCAAAUGGAGAAGUGUCAUUUGUGAAUAUAAAGACCUUGAAUGAGUGGGACUCUAGGUAUUGUAAUGGUGUAGACUGGAGGCAGAAGCUGGACUCCCAAAGAGGGGCUGUGAUUGCCACAGAGCUGAAGAAUAACAGCUACAAGCUUGCAAGGUGGACUUGCUGUGCUCUGCUGGCAGGAUCAGAAUACCUUAAACUGGGGUAUGUGUCCCGUUAUCAUGUCAAGGAUUCCUCUCGUCAUGUUAUCCUUGGUACUCAGCAAUUCAAGCCCAAUGAGUUUGCCAACCAGAUUAACUUAAGUAUGGAGAAUGCCUGGGGUAUUUUACGGUGUGUGGUGGACAUUUGCAUGAAGCUUGAUGAAGGCAAAUAUCUCAUCCUGAAGGACCCCAACAAGCAAGUUAUUAGGAUAUACAGCCUGCCUGAUGGUACUUUCAGUUCAGAUGAGGAUGAUGAUGAUGAAGAUGAGGAAGAGGAGGAGGAAGUAGAAGGUGAGUACUGUGAAGUAUGA